UUACGUCAUCAGUCUCUUUCCGGCUCAAGAUGGCGCCUCCCAUGCCGCUUCUGGCAGUCAGAGGAUCUGAUGGAAUCCAUAUGAUCCAGGGACCCCCAAAGAUUGCAAAUUUGGAUUCAUUUCAGCGGGACUGCAGUAGAAAUUGCAAAGUAUGUACUUUUAGCAAAGAUGGGAAGCUCUUUGCAUGGUGCAAUGGAGAUGUAACAAAUAUAGCGAGCAUGGCUGACAGCACAUUGCUGCACACCUUUGAUCUGCCCAAAGUUGUUGGCCUUGAAUUCUCUCCAAAGAACGCAAUCCUGGCAACAUGGCAGACAUAUACCACUGCAAAAGAUGGCGCAGCAGGAGUGCCCAAUCUCCAGUUGUAUGACCUGAAAACGGGGAAGUGUGUCAAGUCGUUCAUCCAGAAGAAGAUGGAGAACUGGUCUCCUCGCUGGUCUGAAGAUGAGAAGAUUUGUGCCAGGAAUGUAAAUAAUGAAGUGCACUUCUUUGAAAACAACAAUUUUGAUACCAUUGCAAAUAAAUUGCACUUACAAAAAGUCAGUGAUUUUGCACUGUCACCUGGAGAACAUCCCUGCAAGGUAGCAGUAUAUGUUCCUGGCAGUAAAGGUGCCCCGUCCUUUGUGAGGUUGUACCAGUAUCCUAAUUUCAGUGGCCCUCAUUCUGCUCUUGCUAAUAAAAGUUUUUUCAAAGCUGAUAGAGUGUCAAUGCUGUGGAAUUCAAAAGCCACUGCGGUACUAGUGACUGCCAGCACUGACGUGGACAAAACAGGAGCCUCGUACUAUGGGGAGCAGACGCUGCAUUACAUUGCAGUGAAUGGAGAAAGUGCUGUUGUACAGCUGCCAAAGAAGGGUCCAAUCUAUGAUGUGGUAUGGAACAAAAAUGCAACAGAGUUCUGUGCUGUCUAUGGCUUCAUGCCUGCCAAGGCCACCAUUUUUAACCUCAAAUGUGAUCCCAUAUUUGAUUUUGGCACUGGCCCUCGGAAUGCUGCUUUCUACAGCCCACAAGGACAUAUAUUGGUUCUGGCUGGUUUUGGAAACUUGAGGGGACAAAUGGAAGUGUGGGAUGUGAAAAAUUACAAACUUAUUUCAAAGCCAACAGCAACCGAUGCCACGUUUUUCUCCUGGUGCCCUAAUGGGGAGCACAUACUUACGGCUACUUGUUCCCCAAGAUUACGAGUUGGGAAUGGAUAUAAGAUUUGGCACUAUACCGGCACUAUAUUGCAUAAAUAUGAUGUGCCAGACAACACUGAACUGUGGCAGGUGUCCUGGCAACCAUUUGUAGAUGGAGUCUUUCCAGCAAAACCCAUUGUUUUCCAGCCUGUGCCAGGCGAAGUCCCAGCUGAGGAGAGCAAACCAGCCCAAGCAUACAGGCCACCUGCCUUGAGGAAUAAGCCUGUGACUAGUUAUAAACUGCACGAAGAGGAGCCUCCACAGAGCACAAAGCCUCAGUCCACUGACAAGCCUCUGUCCAAAGCCGCUUUAAAGAACCAAAAGAAGAGGGAGGCAAAGAAAGCUGCUAAGCAGGAGGCAAAAGCAGAUGAACCAUCUGAACCAGUCUUGGAGGUCAGCCUGAACGCUGCCCCAACCGGUGAAACAACUGGAGACCCUGAGACUGAUAAAAAGAUUAAGAACGUGAAAAAGAAACUAAAAGCAAUUGAACAACUUAAAGACUUACAAGCAUCUGGCAAGUCACUGGAAAAGAACCAGAUUGAGAAGAUCCAGAAAGAGGAUGCUCUUCUGAAGGAAUUGGAAGACUUGGAGCUUGGAGUGUGAAGAAAUAACUAGAUAAACCAUAUCCUCUAUAAAGAAUCACGAUGGGGAUACUAAGGCUAGCUUGUUCUAUAACUGGAUGCAAAGGAUCAAUGGACAUUGUUUAAGCUUUUAUGUUGGAUUCACAAUACAGAUAUGCCAACCAUA